AUGGGGCUGGCCGGCAGAGCUGGGGGGACGCCUGGGGUCGGGAGAGGGUUAUCGCUCCCCUGUCUCUGGAGGAUAGCGUUGCUUAUUAUCAUCAUCUGGGAGAUAAACGCACAAACCGCGAUGGAAACUAAACACCUGUACAUCUGGCAAAGAGGUCCAUGGGGUCGUUGUAUGGGCAGUGAGUGUGGACCAGGCGGCAGCCAGAGCAGGGCGGUAUGGUGCGCCCACUCUGAAGGCUGGACCACCCUGCACACAAACUGCAACCAGACAGAACGGCCAGACAAUCAGCAGACCUGCUUCAGAGUGUGCGACUGGCACAAAGAUCUGUACGACUGGCAGCUAGGAGCCUGGAACCAGUGUGUCCCGGUGUCGAUGCGCAGUGCUGGAGUGCAGCGGCCCACUGUGUGCACCCGGGGAGAGGAGGGCAUCCAGACCCGCGAGGUGGGCUGUGUUCAGAAAGCCAAUGGCAACCCAGCCGAGGAUACAAUAUGUGAAUAUUUUGAGCCCAAACCACGCCUGGAGCAGGCCUGUCUUAUCCCUUGUCCCCAGGACUGUGUGGUAUCUGAGUUCAGCCCUUGGACUCACUGUUCUAAAACCUGUGGGAUAGGCUUACAGAACCGGAUCCGCUUUGUUCUGGCUGCGCCACUGUUUGGUGGGGCAGCUUGCCCAAACUUGACAGAAUUUCAGACGUGCCAGCCAGGGGCCUGUGACGGACAGGAGAGCCUCUACAGCCUCAGGGUUGGACCCUGGGGUCACUGCUCGGUCCCGAUGCCGAGGCAAGCCAGACAAGCUGACGAGCCACCCGGAGAGAGUGAUAAACCAUUAAAGGAAAGUGAUAAACUUCCCAAAGAGGGUGACAAACAGCCGAGAGAGCGUGAAAAAACAUCCAAAGGGGCUGACAAACAGUCCAGAGAAGGUUUUAAACUGUCCAGUGAGGGUGAGAAACAGGGCAAAGAGGGUGACAAACAGGGCAAAGAGGGCGACAAACAGCACAAAGAGGGUGACAAACAGCACAAAGAAGGAGACAAAGCAUCCAAAGAGGGUGACAAACGGCCCAGAGAUGGACGCAAACUAUCCAGAGCCAACAGAAAACUGGUCAGGGCAAACCGGAAACCAGACAGGCCAUCCCGACAGGCAGACAGGCCCAAACAACAGAAAAAGGCUAAAAACAAAGAGAAGAAAGACAAAAUGAGAGAGAAAGCCCGGGAAAGGUUAGGGGAGAGGGGUAAAGUGAAGGAUCCUGAGACCAGAGAACUCAUUAAAAAAAAGAGGAACAGAAACCAUCAGAACCGACCAGGAGGAAAGUUCUGGGACCUGCAGGUUGGCUACCAGACCAGAGAAGUCUCCUGUGUGCAUAAGAGUGGGAAUGUUGAAGCUCUCAGCCUCUGCUCCCAGGAGUCGUUCCCAGUGACCUUCCAGGCCUGCGUCAUGACCAAAGACUGUGAUGUCACUGAAUGGUCUGAAUGGUCAACUUGCUCCAAGGAGUGUUAUGACCCCAACGGGGUCAAGGGGGAGCGCACUCGCACCAGAAAAGUGAGCCAGUUCCCAAUCAACGAAGGAGCAGAUUGUCCUGAACUUGAGGAGAAGGAGCCCUGCAGCCCCCAGGGAGACAGAGUGCCACCCUGCAUUGUUUACAGCUGGAAGACUACAGAGUGGACAGAAUGCAGAGUGGACAUGCUGCUGAGUCAACAGGACCGUCGCCGUGGAAACCAGACCGGGUUGUGUGGAGGAGGGAUUCAGACUCGGGAGGUCUAUUGUGUCCAGACUAGCGCUGAAACACCACCCAACCUCAGCUCACUCAGGAGCAAAGAAGCUUUGCGACCAAUGAACAGUGAUCUGUGUCUGAGUAUCCCCCCAAACACCACCCAGCUCUGCCACAUCAGCUGUCCUGUGGAGUGUGAGGUGUCGUCAUGGAGCGCCUGGGGACCCUGCACCUUUGAAAACUGCCAGGACGAGACGGCUAAAAAAGGCUUCAAACUGAGGAAGAGAAAAAUCGUCAAUGAGCCAACAGGCGGGACGGGCAACUGCCCCCACCUGGUGGAGGCCAUACCAUGUGAAGACCCCAGCUGCUACGACUGGCUGGUGGUGAAACUGGAGGAGUGCAUCCCUGAUAAUGAGAAGGAAUGUGGACCAGGAAUCCAUAUCCCACAAGUACAGUGUGUCAACAGUGAUGGUAAAUAUGUGGAGAGACAGCUUUGCCGUGAUGCCAUCCUGCCCAUGCCAGCCAUCUGUGAGGUGCCUUGCCCAAAGGACUGUGCCCUGAGCCCCUGGACCCCCUGGUCUCUCUGCUCCCACACCUGCUCUGGAAAAAGCACAGAGGGCAAGCAGACCAGAGCUCGCUCCAUCCUCGCCUAUAAUGCAGGAGAAGGGGGAAUCCAGUGUCCCAAUAUCACCGCCCUGCAGGAGGUGAGGAACUGCAAUGACCAUCCCUGCACUGUGUACCACUGGCAGACCGGCCCAUGGGGACAAUGCAUAGAGGACUCCUCCAUCUCUGCCACCAAUACGUCUAUGGGCCAAACACGCGGUGACGAUGCCUCCUGCUCAGUAGGGAUGCAGACACGCAAGGUUAUCUGUGUCCGAGUCAAUGUGGGCCAGGUUCCUCCGAAAAAGUGCCCAGAGAGUCUGCGCCCAGACACCGUCAGGCCCUGUUUACUGCCAUGCAAGAGAGACUGUAUCAUUACACCAUACAGCGACUGGAGCCCCUGCACUUCAACAUGUCAAGCAGGUCGUAACACCAAGAAGAAGCAGUACAGGAAACGUAUUAUUAUCCAGUUACCAGCCAACGGGGGACAGGACUGUCCUGACGUGUUGACCCAGGAGAGAGAGUGUGAGGCUCCAUCUGUCUGUCAAGGAUACAGAUGGAAAACCCACAAAUGGCGGCGAUGUCAGCUGGUUCCAUGGUCAGUGCGUCAAGACAGUCCUGGAGCUCAGGAGACCUGUGGGCCGGGCCUGCAGGUUAGGGCUGUUUCAUGUCGGAAGCAGGAUGGUGGGCAGGCAGACAUUGAAGCAUGUCUUAAGUUCGCCGGCUCGAUGCCGCGUCUCACAUACCACUGCCAGGUACCGUGCCAGGAAGACUGUCAACUGAGCAGCUGGUCCAAGUUCUCUUCAUGUACAGCUGAUUGCGUGGGCGUCAGGACCCGCAAGAGGAUGCUAAUUGGGAAGAGCAAAAAGCGUGACCAAUGUAAAAACCACCAGAUGUAUCCCCUGAGUGAGACUCAGUACUGCCCAUGCAACAAAUACAAUGCCCAGCCUGUGGGCAACUGGUCGGACUGUGUCCUACCUGAGGGUGGCCGGGUGGAGGGUCAGCUGGGCAUGAAGGUCCAAGGUGACAUCAAGGAGUGCGGACAAGGAUAUCGCUACCAGGCCAUGGUAUGCUAUGACCAGGACAAUCGCAUCGUGGAAACUUCUCGCUGCAACAGCCAUGGGUACAUUGAGGAGGCUUGCAUCAUACCCUGUCCGUCUGACUGCAAACUGAGUGAAUGGUCCAACUGGUCACGCUGCAGCAAGUCAUGCGGCAGUGGGGUCAAAGUUCGCUCGAAGUGGCUCAGAGAAAAGCCUUACAAUGGUGGAAGACCAUGUCCUAAACUUGACCAUGUCAACCAGGCUCAGGUGUAUGAGGUGGUGCCGUGCCUCAGUGACUGUGGGCAAUAUGUCUGGGUGGCCGAACCCUGGAGUGUGUGGAAGGUCAGCAAUGUGGACCUAAAGGAUAACUGUGGUGAAGGUGUUCAAACCAGAAAAGUCAGAUGUAUGCUGAACACUAUUGACGGACCUUCUGAGCAGGUGGAGGACUACCUGUGUGAUCCAGAGGAGAUGCCUCUGGGAGCUCGCAACAGCCGCCUACCCUGCCCAGAGGAUUGUGUGUUGUCAGACUGGGCAGCCUGGAGCCCGUGUCCUCUGCCAUGCAGUGGGAACAGUACUCGAGAGAGGAGUGCUUACCCACUCCGCAAGCCUGGAGAGAAGAAGGAGUGUCCUCCAACUACAGAGACAGAGCUCUGCAAACACAACGGCAACUGCUUCCACUACUAUUACAACAUCACUGAUUGGAGUACCUGCCAGCUCAGUGAAAGAGCAGUGUGCGGAAAUGGUAUCAAAACCCGCAUGUUGGACUGUGUGCGAAGUGACGGCAAAUCUGUAGACCUCAAGUUCUGCAAAGAGCUGGGCCUGGAGAGGAAGUGGCAGAUGAAUGCUUCCUGUGUUGUGGAUUGUCCCGUCAACUGCCAGCUGUCUGAUUGGUCACCAUGGUCUGAGUGCACCCAUACCUGUGGGCUGGCAGGCAAGCUGUGGAGGAAGCGGGUAGUGACCCAGGCUCCUCAGGGUGAUGGGAGGCCCUGUCCGUCCCAGAUGGAGCAGUGGAAGCCGUGCCUGGUGAAGCCCUGCUACAGCUGGAGAUACAGCGCCUGGUCUGACUGCAAGUCUGAGGGGGCGAGAUGUGGAGAAGGCCUACGCUUCAGGAAUGUGUCGUGUUUUGUAUCAGAUGGUUCAGGUCAGCAGGACAGCAGUCUGGUGGAUGAUGAGCUGUGUGGAGAUCUUGAGCCCUCAGUGGACGGAGACACACACAUUGUCCUGCAGGAACCCUGCACUGUUCCCUGCCCAGGAGAGUGCUACCUGACAGACUGGACUGUUUGGAGUCCGUGCCAGCUAAGCUGCAUGAACGGGGAUGACCUGGGUUUCGGCUCAGUCCAGGUCCGAUCCCGAGCCGUGGUGGCCCAGGAUCCUGAGAACCUGCUGCAGUGUCCAGAACAGGAAAUGGAGGUUCGACCAUGUACAGAGGGUCAGUGUUUUGAAUAUAAGUGGAGGACUGGACCGUGGAGAGGGUCAUCUCGCCAAGUCUGGUGUCAACGAUCAGAUGGACUAAAUGUCACAGGUGGUUGCCUAGUGACAGCCCAGCCAAUAUCUGACCGGUCCUGUGACCCGCCCUGCACCAAGCCACGCUCCCUGUGCACAGAGGCGGGAGUGUGUGGCUGUGAGGAGGGCUACACUGAAGUCAUGACGUCUGAUGGCGUCUUGGACCAGUGUACAGUCAUCCCAGUUCUGGAAAUUCCCACUGCAGGUGACAGCAAGGCUGAUGUCAAGACCAUCCGAGCCUUCAACCCCACCCUGCCUGCAGCCAGCUCACCAGGCAGGGCAGGACGCACCUGGUUCCUGCAGCCUUUUGGCCCAGAUGGGAAGCUGAAGACCUGGGUGUAUGGAGUAGCAGCCGGAGCGUUUGUUCUGCUCGUCUUCAUAAUCUCCAUGACAUACUUAGCAUGCAAAAAGCCAAAGAAGCCACAGCGACGGCAGAUGAACAACAGACUGAAGCCGCUGACUCUGGCCUACGACGGAGACGCCGACAUGUAGAACUCUUCCUGCUGAACACAGUAAACUGCAGACAUUUUUCCGACUGCAGGGCACACAGGGUUGCUUGGAAACCCUUGAUGUCAGGGUUUUCGCUGGGCAUUGUUCAACCUUUAUGUGGACUCCCUAGGAUAAUGAUUCUGACAGAAAGACAAAACCUCAGUUUCAGUUGAAGAACCAGAAUCCAUGUCAAUUAGCAGCCUUGAUGGUGCCGUGCUCUUUUAAAUUUCCAUUUUGAUACUUUAUUUCACACGAGCCUUCAUGAAUUAUUUAUCUUCUUCUAGAAGUUUGCCUUUGCUUCUUUGCCAUGUACUACUGCCGGUAACAUCCGAAUCAUGUUUGUCGGAGAGAGUCACCCCAAAAACAAAGAUUUUCCUCUAAAAGCACAAAUCUUCAUUUGUCUUUUGCUCAUUUUGUCACAGCUGAGUGGGAUAAUCUCUUAAGGACACUUAGCCAUUCUUUAUUUAUUGAAAACAUUCAAAUGCAUCUGUUAUACUGUGGCCUGGGUCCAUCUUGCAAGAAAAUAAAACCAGAGAACAAAAGCAUAAUGAUUCCCAGAGCCACUAUCACGUCUGCCUGCCUCUCCCUUAUCCGUCUUCAGGCAUAAUUUUGCACUAUAUUAGUGCAGCAUGUUAUAUAUUUACGUCCUGCUUCACCAUGGGAAAUUGCCUCUCUCAAUACAAGAUGGUGUACAGUCUUGUUCUAGAAAUGUAAAAAAAAAAAAAAAAAACUUUUUUUGCAAACAGAACUCACCAAUGGUUGUUAAUAUUUUCUUCUAUUACCUCUAAUAUGUAAUACAAUGGGACUCAGUGUAAAUAGAAUUUUUUUUCUGUGGUCUCAAUUUGUUUCUUUCUAGUUUGUACAGCCAUUCGUCCCAAACUAGUUAAUUUAUUGCCUGACAGGUGUUAAGAUCAUGAUCUUUUACUUCCUUCCAUUAUGAAAUCCUUUAGCUGUGAUUUGGGAAAAGAUAGAAGAUAGUUUAAUAUUGAAUCUUGGCUUCAAAUAUUUAGUUGUGUAAAGUUAGUGACAUUUGAGUUCAGAGAUUCAUAUCAGAAGUCGGUUAAAAUAAGUCAUGAUUCUGAGUUUAAUGGCUGAUGGGAAAAAAAUCAGACUUGACAAUGACUUAUUUGAUUCACACUCAAAAUGGUUUCAUUCUAAGUCAAAUGACUUUUAUAUCCCUUGAUUUUGCUAAACAGUGUCAGUAUGCUUUGAACUAAGCAUUUCAUACAAUGGAUCACCCAACCAACAUCUGAAGACAAAAGUGUUUUAAGCUGCUUGUUCUGAAGGCCCUACUAUCAUAAGCCCUAUUCCACCACUGGUGAUGUUCACUAUGCACACAUGCACUAUAUUCAGGAACAUUUCCACCUUGAGCCUUUUUACACAUUUCAUGGCAAGUGGGGCAAGGGACAGUCCGUCAAAUGGCUGAGAUACAACGCUUGUUUAUGCCAACUGACAUAAAAGUCAACAGAAGAAGAAGAAGGCAAGGAGACAUCUCUUAUUAACCCUCUAUGGUACGGUGUUGCCCUCAGGCAACAUACCCAUUUUUGGCCUGUCAAAUUUCUACAACGCAUGUUUUUGAGUGAUGCGAUACUUUAAAAAAGAGGGAAGAGUAUAGGAAACCCAGGAGGCCAUAUUGAAACCCUAUUUUGCAGACUUUUCCAAGGGAAACAACUUUGCCAUUUUGCGCCACAAAAAAAAAAUCACUCAAAACGCCAUUUCCUGGCCCUUUUCCAUCUGGAAAAAAAAAUAUUUCUACUUAUAGGUGAGUAAACCUUCAAUGGUACAAUGUUUCCUACAGGCAAAAUUCAGACAAGAAACCGGUUAAAAAAGUUCCUUUUAUAAUGUUUUUAAAUUUAAAAUGUUAUGUAUUGUACCCUGUUGAAGCUACUGAAUCUUUUACACAUUUAUUAAAUAAAUGAUGUUAAAAUAAUUUUAAAAACGUUCUUUUUCACUUGUGCACCGUUAUGGUACAAUGUUGCCUACGGGCUAACAAACCCCAAAAACUUCCACAAAAACCAGAAUUAUAACAUUUCUUCAGGUUAUCUUUGUUUUGUGUAUUUUAAGACAAAAAAACACUCCAAACAUUUUUUUCUUAACAGGCAUCAUAAUGCGUACCAUAGAGGGUUAAUUUAAAGAACAUGGCAGGCAAGGAGCUGUUAUUGUCCCAAUGCCAAUGUUCUUUUCAUGUAAAAAAAACAUCUUUUGUCUGACUGAUAUAACCCUUGAACCCUUGAAGUGUUACCAUUUUCU